GGGUCCUGGCUCCCCGCCCCUCCCAAGCACUAACUGUCCCAGGUGUCACUUAUUACGCGGCCGCCCGGGCCCCCCUUCCACCCCGCGGAGGAUCUCGAAGGAGUCCCGGGCUGCUGGCAGCGGGCGGGGCCCACCUGUCCCGGCCCUGCCCCGCCCCUUCCCGGGCGCCCCAGGUGGCUCGGGGCGGGGAGGAGCCGCACCCCGCCCCGUCCCUCCCUGCGCGGCCACACCAAGGCCGGCCCGCAGCGAGCGCGCUCUGCGCUAAGACUGGGAUCUGAGAGCCGGGAGCCGGGCUGGCGCGCGGAGGCCCGGCGAGCGCGGCGGCGCAGGGUGCUCCCCGCCAGCCUGCAGGGACAGCUCGGGGAGCUGGAUCACAUGCACCGCAGGGCUGGAGUCUGGUCUAUCCAGAAGCAGAGAGCCAACCAGGCAGAAGCGGGAAAGACCAUUAGAAGAAGAAGAAAUUUAGAGAAGCGUGUCACGGAGUCGGAAGGUGCAGGUGUCCUUGGGUGAGAGUAGCAGGAAGUGAAAGAGGAGGCGAAGAGAAAAUUAAGAAGGGUAUAUGAGUGUUCGACUUCCCCACACCUGGGGUCAGAAUGCUGCUCCUCUGUCACGCCCUCACUGUAGCUGUGGUCCAGACUUUUAUCUUCUCUGAAAACCGGGUGUUGGCCAAGAACAUCAACUUCUAUAACGUGCGGCCUCCUCUUGAUCCUACACCAUUUCCAAACAGCUUCAAGUGUUUUACCUGUGAAAAUGCAGGGGAUAAUUAUAACUGCAAUCGAUGGGCAGAAGAUAAAUGGUGCCCACAAAAUACACAAUACUGUUUGACAGUACAUCACUUUACCAGUCAUGGAAGAAGUAUAUCCAUCACCAAAAAAUGUGCCUCCAGGAGCGAAUGUCAUCUUGUUGGCUGCCACCACAGCCAAGAUUCUGAACACACGGAGUGUAGGUCUUGCUGUGAGGGGAUGAUCUGCAAUGUUGAGUUACCCACCAACCACACGAAUGCGGUCUUCGCUGUGAUGCAUGCUCAGAGGACGUCUGGCAGCGGUGCCCCUGCGCUCUACCUACCGGUGCUGGCCUGGGCCUUCGUGCUCCCGUUGCUAUAAGGCCACCUUCCUGGGAGAGGCAGAGACCAGUCCUCUGAAGCACAAGCUAACAACUGUAAAAUGGCGAACUUUGAAGACCAAUCUCUUCAGGAUUGAAGGAUGUGCAUUGGACCUCACAGCAGAAGCCAGCUGUUAUGCUUAGCUCAGAUGCUCCUGCAGGAGGCCACAAGAAAGGGGACUUGGCAGGGACUGAGUGAUUAUGUAGCUGUUAAGUUUCUUGAUCAAAAGGGGGCUGCAUUUUGUCUCUUCUGCAAGGAGGGUCCUGCCAGCAUGUACCACAGGCAGGUUCAGCAGCCUGUGUUGUCCCCGCCAGACCAGACCUUUGGGGGAAAGGACUCUGACCUGAUUGACUCCUUCAGGGCUGCUGGAACAGACCCUCUCAAUUCUGUGAUUGGCUGAGAGCAUCUCUGUGAAAUCUAAUCCUUCCCUCAAGAGAAAGCAGUUUCCCCACUGAGGGUGAAGUAAUGAGAAACCCCACUAUAGGAAGGAAACUUCCAGUUGAACUAAUAUGAAACCUAUUUGCUAAUUGUGGGGGGAAAUAAAGCUUUUAAGUUAUAAGUGUA